AUGGCAGCAGAGACGAUCCCGAAGGACGUGAAGAAUCUUUGGGAAGAAUGGAACAUUCGUGUUCUCAUCAUCUUCAGUCUCUCACUCCAAGCGAUCCUUGUCGUCUUCUCACCCAGCAGAAAACGCGCAUCCGGCAAGCUCUUCGUCUUCCUCAUAUGGUUCGCUUACCUUCUCGCCGACUGGUCAGCAAACUACACCAUCGGUCAAAUCUCAGACACUCAAGACGAGGAAGACGGUGAUCAAUCUUCGUCGUUGAAUCACGAGCUUUUAGCCUUCUGGGCUCCGUUUCUUCUGUUGCACCUCGGUGGUCCCGACACGAUCACUGCCCUUGCCUUAGAAGACAACGAGCUUUGGCGUAGACACUUGUUCGGACUCAUCUGUCAAGCAGUUUCCACUGUCUACGUACUAUGUCUGUCGAUACCUAGCGGGAUAGCGGUCCCCACAGGGCUGAUGAUUGUGGCUGGAGUGAUCAAGUUUGUCGAGAGGAUAAGAGCGCUUUACUUGGCGAGCUCCGGGAAGUUCAAGGGAUCUGUUCUUCGAAAGAACGAGAAGCUAAUGAGGAAGGAGGAGGAUCCAACAACAGCCGGUGUACCGAUCAAGCCAAGUAGAGAGCUGAGAGAUCUCGAGGUGGUGCAGUACGCUUACAAGCUCUUUAACAUCUCCAAAGGUCUUGUCCUUGAUCUCAGAUUAGCUUCUCGAGGAUGGGAUGAGAGCAAGAGGUUCGUUGACUCGUUGACUCCUGAGGAAGCUUUAAGGGUUUUAGAGGUGGAGCUGAGUUUCAUGUACGAUGAUUUCUUCACCAAAGCCAGUAUCUUGCUCACUCGGGUCGGAUCCGUCUUCCGGUUUAUAGCUUUUGGAUGUCUUGUAUCAUCUCUAUGCAUCUUCUUUUCCAAGAAGAAGGAGAAUUACAAGAGAUUUGAUGUUAGCCUUACGUAUGCACUGCUCAUAGGUGGAAUAGUUCUUGAACUAGUUGUUGCUGUAAUGAUCUGUGUAUCCGAUAGAACAAUAGCCAUAACAAGGAAGCUUAAGCAGAGUUCUGACGAAACCUGGUCCUGGUAUGACAAAUUCUUAAACUGGAUCCUUGGUUUCAGGAGACUGAAGUGGGAGAGAUGUAGAUGUCCCAUGAGCGAAGAAGACCUCUCCGAGGCACAUGAGGUACUAAACAGGAGAUUCAUGUUCCGGAGAUGGUCUGAGUACAUACAUGGCUACAAUCUAAUCGAGUUCUGCCUUAGGAUAAGUCCACAGAAAAUCCACCGUCCAGAGGGUUACAUAAGAAGCUUCUUUGACCUUAGGAUAACUCGUAGACUCGCUUUGGUUGCGCAAGGAAUGUACUCAUGUUUUGCAUCUAUGGAGGGUGGAGUAUCGACAGCAAUGACAUGCUGCAUUAUAAGAAAUAUCUGGCUCCUUUUAUUCUUCCCUCUCCUUUUGUUAUUGGCUCCUUUAGUUCUACUUGUGGACCUUCUCCUAUUAGGGGUUGGUCAGUUCUUGGAGUUCUUUGGUGUCCAAGAUGAGAUUACAGAGAUUAUCUUCAAAUCCAGCGACCGUCUCCCCAAAGAUCUUUGGGAGUUCAUACACAAUGAGGUGAGGUAUAAAUCUCGUGUCGCUGUGGAUAGAGAACGUGCCAAGAGGAUAUCUUCUGCAAGAGGCGAGUGGACGCUAAACCAACCUCAGAGGAGCGGAACUGCGGAGUUAACAGUGGAGCAGGCACUGGUUCAGCAUGUGAGUUUAGUUGAUUAUGGUCAAAGCAUCCUGUUAUGGCACAUUGCCACGGAUCUAAUCUACCGCAUAGAGAUAAGGAUCCUGACAGAGGAACAGUACAGAUGUAAGGAAGUGAGUAAAAUGCUGUCGGACUACAUGAUGUACUUGAUGAUGAUGAAACCUGCCUUGAUGUCAGCUGUUGCGGGAACUGCAAAGAUGAAGUUCACGGAGACUUGUUCUGUAGCUAGAACGUUCUUCGGGGAUGGCUUUUCGGAUGUGAGGGAAGCUUGUGGGGAACUUUUGUCAAAAAAAAGGAACAUGAUGGUGUUCUAUAUGGGAGAUGAAAGCACACUUGAAGAUGCGUGUAAGCUUGCUGAAGAACUUUUAAGGAUAGAGAGGAGAUCAGAAGAAGUAAGCGUUUGGGGAUUAGUGAGUAGAGUUUGGGUUGAGUUGCUUUGCUAUGCAGCUAACCAUUGUGAUUCUAAGCAGCAUGUUGCUCAGCUUAGUCAAGGUGGUGAACUUGUGAGCUUUGUUUGGCUCUUUAUGGCUCAUUUGGGGAUUGGUAAGCAUGCUACUAUGCACCAUCCAGCUUGA